UUUAAAAUGUAGAAAGUGUACUGCGUGGACCCUGUGUUAUCCUAGAACAGUUGGUCCAUACAAUUUUCAGGAGUUGGAAAAAUAUUUUAAAAAUCAACCCAAGGGCCUCGACAAAAUAAAGAAGGCCACACAAUGGGCCUCAUAAUUUAGCCAGGGACUAGGCUGCAGUUCAAAAACAAUAUUUCGUGAGAAUAAGUUUAUGCUGAAUGUAAUUCACAUAAUUUGUGAGUUUGGGCCCUAGAUCAUUCAAGUGAAUCUUCUUAUUAGUGAGCCCUGGAACAUCUUUAUAACAAACUAUGGGCUCUGGACCAAGUAAAGAGACAUCUGUUGAGGAGUUCCGAACUAGUGACCAUGUACUGAGUAAGGGACAGCACAUCAUCACAGCACUUGUAGAUGAUGCACCAACGGUGAAGAAGGAAGUACCUGAAGACAAACCUACAGGACCAAAGAAAUCCACGUCGUUUCUGAGCAGAGCAUUUGGCCGAAGUAAUUCUGAAGCAAAACGAAAAAUAGUAGAUUUAGAUUCUUCAGAAAGUGAAACCGACACAGAUGACUUUGAAGAAAGUAAACGGGGAAUAGAUCUAACGCUUAGGAAUGAUAUUGAAGAUUUGGAAUCCACAUUUGAUCGUCUAGGUUUGGAUGAGCGGGGAAGAGCAGUUCCACAAAAUGGCGUUAAUGGCGGCCAUCAUCAGCUGAAUAAUGGCGGCCAUCAUCAGCUGAUUAAUGGCGGCCACCACAAAAACAAUGGCGGACACAGCUUUGAUAAUGAUCACAUGUUUAGCCAUGGAGGACAUCAACAACAAUUUAGAAAUGGUUUGGCGGAGAAUGACGAAGAUACAGGAGGAGCCAGUCUCAAUAACACAUCUAAGACAUUGCUUAUGAACGGGAAGCGUAUGAUGAGUAAGAAAGGAAAUGUCCGGUUAAGUUGGAAUGACCGACCAUAUCCUGAACAAGAGGACAGCUGGACAUUAUCUAAGGUAAAAAUCGACGGUUUUGAUCCGGAAAAGUUCCGCGUGGCCAACUCUACCUCCAACCCUAGAUCUCAACAACGACAGGAUAAACACAGCCUUCUUCUUAUUCAAAAUCCGUCAAAUAUGAGUUACAGUGAAGCUGAUAUGCCGGGAAGUGUUCCUGCUUAUGACCCAACAGAACAACAGCUCCUAGCUUCUAUAGAGAGAGAGAUGGGAGUACUUUACUAGCUUUUAUAGAGAGAUAGAGAUAAGAGUACUUUUCUAGUUUCUAUACAUAAAUGGGAGUACUUUUCCAGCUUCUUUAAAGAGAGAUGGGAGUCCUUUUCUAGCUAUAGCUUUUAUAGAGAGAGAGAUGGGAGUCCUUUUCUAGCUUUAGCUUUUAUAUAUAGAGAGAUGGGAGUACUUUUCUAGCUUCUACAGCGAGAGAAGUGGGAGUACUUUCUACCUUCUAUAAUGAGAGAGAUGGGAGUAUUUUUCUAGCUUCUAUAGAGAGAUAGAUGGGAGUACUUUUCUAGCUUUUAAAAAGAGAGAGAUGGGAGUACUUUUCUAGCUUUUAAAAAGAGAUAGAUGAGAGUACUUUUCUAGCUUUUAAAAAGAGAGAGAUUGGAGUACUUUUCUAGCUUAUAUAGAGAGAGAGAUGGGAGUACUUUUCUAGCUUAUGUAGAGAGAGAAAUAGGAGUACUUUUCUAGCUUUUAUAGAGAGAGAGAUGGGAGUACUUUUCUAGCUUCUAUAAAGAGAGAGAUAAGAGUACUUUUCUAGCUUUUAAAAAGAGAUGGAUGAGAGUACUUUUCUAGCUUUUAAAAAGAGAGAGAUGGGAGUACUUUUCUAGCUUCUAUAGAUAGAGAGAUGGGAGUCCUUUUCUAGUUUUCAAACAAAGAUGGGAGUACUUUUCUAGUUUCUAUACAGAGAUGGAGUACUUUUUUAGCUUCUACAGAGAGAGAGAGAGGUGGGAGUACUUUUCUAGCUUUUACAGGGAGAUGGGUGUACUUUUUUAGAUUUUAUAGAGAGAGGGAGAUGGGAAUACUUUUCCGACUUCAAUAGAGUACUUUUAUAGCUUCGAUAAAGAGAUGGGAAUACUUUUUCUAGCAGAUCCGUAUUGCCUUAUGUGACGCACAUUAAUGUUAACAAUAUAUAUAUAUACGUUAAUGCAAGUUGUAAGAUUCGCAAACAAUAGGAACUAAGUUAUAUAUUAACUAUAGGAACUAAGCACUUUCUGAAAAUCUAUUUUUUAAACAUUAUAUCUUUGCAACCUUUAAAUGUUAAAAGUAUGAAAUCCACUAUACAUUAAGCAUAUUUAAAUGAAAAUAUUAGAGGGUUUCACCGUCAGGUUCCAAAGAUUUAGGAAUUUAAAAAUUAGAGUUUGGGCCAAGUGUUCAGUUUUUAGAAAAUAAAAUGCAUAGAUUUUUAUCUUCAAAACAUAACUCACAUUUUCAUUAAUAUGAAAGUAAAGAAUAGUUUUGAUGAAUCAAGUUCGGAUUUUGAAAUGCACAAAACAAAAUAUUUAAACAAUGUAAUACAAUUAUAAAGGUCGUCUUACUAUUCUUUUUUUUAAUCAGAGCAAUUGGAGCAAUUGUAAUCAUAAUUAUCAAGUUGAAUAAUGUACAUUCCGAAAUUACGGUACAGUAGAGUAGAGUACUGUACACUGUACAGUAUAGUACGGUACAGUACAGUACAGUGAA